AUGGCACAGGGAAAAGAUGAGUCUCUUCGCAAGUUCGUCGAGAGAUUCAAAACAGCAGCAGCAGAGCACUCAGACAUCCCCAAUGAGAUGGGAAUCAAAGCUUUCGAAAACGGGCUUUGGUUCGAAUCAAAGUUGAAAGAGAGUCUGAUGCUCGACGAACCCGCAACCCUCCAGGACGCUUUGCACAGGUCCCAAAAAUACGUCUGCGUUGAAGAAAGCAAGGCGCACCACUCAAAGAUUCAUGGAAUGACGAAGGAGUCAUCUCGGCACGCAUCAUCUCGUCAAGAUUCAUCUCAUCAAGAGUCAUCUCGUCAAGAAAAAAGGAGGCCUCUAAGGAGUCUUUUACACAGGGCAGCGACGAGUCCAAAUGGUGCAAACUCCAUGGACGAACCGAUCAUACUACAGAAGAAUGUAGGCGCAUCAACAGCAUGA